CAUGUUUAGAUGAUUGGAAUAAACUAUAAUCAUAGAGGGUAAUGUCAGAAUGCCAAAAAAAAUCUGAAUUAUUUUAGACUAAAUUUUGUUACUUUAUAAAAAAAUAUGUCAAGAUGAUUUCUUUAUAAUUCACACAUUUAAUUUAAAUAAAAUAAGUUUUUUAACGUGAAGUUAUUAUCUAAACAUGUCUCAGGUAUUCCAUAAGGCCUGCUAUACAUCCCGUAUUCAGAAAUGUCGGACACUAUCGACCAAUACGGAUCACAACAAACAAAAUACUGACGAAGAUACAUACGACAGAAAAAUCGAAGAACUUAAGCUAGAAGUUUCGGAAAAAAUCGACAAAGAAAUUGAUAGAGCGAAAACAUCUCGACAAUCGAUUUUAGAAAAAUUCAACAAAAUCGAUUCCAAAAUCGACUCAAUGCUCGAAAUACAAGACAAGGUUACGGCUCUUCGCAAAGAUUUGCACACAGCCGAAUAUACCCUUUCUGAACUAACAGCUAAGAUCGCAAAAAUAGAAUUAGCAUCGAGUAGCAGCGACGGUUUCAGUCUGCAUUCAAAGAAUAUGUCUUUCAGGUCAAAAGAACCGAUCUUUGAAGAACUGGAGUAUCACAACAUCCAGACAAGAAAAUAUCUAAGACACGAACAGCUUCGCUACUAUAUAAACACCAAGAUAACUAACAAAGCUGGAUGAUUAAAUACCAGCGCUCCAACAAUGGGCCAAAAACAAUCAUUUACCGACUUUUU